AUGAACUCAACUCAGCUUGACGUUCGGGAUAGGCCGGCGAAUCUCUUCAUUGGCAGUGCCUGCGUUGUUCCUCGCCCAAUUGGCUGGAUCUCCACCAAAAGCAAGCAGGGACAAUGCAACCUUGCACCCUAUUCGCAAUUCGCGAAUUUGACUUUCGAUCCCCCAUACGUAAUGUUCUCCUCCAACCAGACGGUGGAAGGCAAGCGAAAGGACACAGUCGUAAAUGCCGAGGAGACCGGCAUCUUUGUCUGGAACCUCGCAACCUGGGACUUGCGCGAAGCAGUGAACAUCACAGCCGAGCAGACCCCCUACGGAACCGACGAAUUCGACCUUUGCGGCAACAUCUCAAAGGAACAAGCUACACUCGUUGAUGCGCCUAUGAUUCGUGAAUCUCCAGUCAAGUUUGAAUGCCAAUAUCAUACUACCAUCCGACUGCCAGGCAAUCCGCCUAUGGGAACGGUUGACAUUGUGAUUGGGAAGGUCAUCGGUGUCCAUAUCGCUGAUGAUGUGCUGACAGAUGGUAUUCUGGAUAUCAAGAAGACUCGGCCGAUUGCUCGUUGUGGUUAUUAUCAGUAG